AGAAGACGAAUCGGCGACCAGCUUCCUGGAGCUGGCUUGGAAGUGAAAUUUGCUUGUGAAAAGGGAUUUAACAAAAUCAACUAUAUUAAGCUACAUUAACCCGUCAAAUUUUCCAUCAAACUUUCACUCCACUUUAGGACAUGUGGACUUACUUGUUUUGCCUCGUUCUCACGCUCAACGCGAUAACUGGAUUUACGAAUGGAGAAAAGAGUUCUGACGUGAAAGAAGGUGAUAGUGAAUUAUAUUUCCUCAAUGAUUCCCCGGGGGAUCAAAUUGAGGGCAGUGCCCUAGAUGAAGAAUUUACAGACCUAGAUCAUUCUUCGGGACGGGGUGUCGACGAUGAAGAUGCUCCAGGUUCCGGUUUUGGACCGGAUGAUGAUGAUGACGACGACGAAGAAGAUGAGGAAGAUGAAGAUGCUGGCUCUGGUGGAUUGUCGCCUCUUGAACAUCCCCAAAACCCAGUCAGAACUACAACUAUGUCAACAACUACUACUGUCAGAUCAAGAGCGCACGACAAGGGAAUUUCAAAACACCAGCCACCACUUCCAGACGAGGAGAACCGAAUCCCAGAUGCGUUGGAUCCAGUGACUCACGAGACUUCGACGAGACGAAACCUGCCGGAUGCUGUGCCCACUAAAUUCACGGAUUCCAACACGCACAGCAAUGAAGUGCAUAUCAUGGGACAGAAGCAAGAUGAAAGGCCUACUUCCUUCUUUGGCCAACCUGGAAUACUUGCAGCUGUGAUUGGAGGUGCUGUUGUCGGGCUCCUGUGCGCUAUUCUCCUAGUUAUGUUCAUCGUCUACCGAAUGAGAAAGAAAGACGAGGGAAGCUACGCACUGGACGAACCCAAGAGAUCUCCGACCGUGAAUUCAUACACACGCAGCAGCAACAAAGAGUUCUACGCCUAAGUCUAUGAUUGACAUGUAAAGACAGAUAUCAGUGAAAAAAAACACAAACUUCCAGGACGGACAUUUUUUAAGUUAGGUCAAUCAAGAGAGGGUUGUUGAAUCGUGCAUAAGUGCAAGAGAAGAGUCCUUCUUCAAGCCUCUCUGGUGCAAGCAGCUGGGACUCUCUUAUCAUAUUGAGCUGCUACAGUCGAGUUUUGUGCACGAAAACCAAGUAAUGCCAUUGUCAUUUUUUCCUUUUGUUCAUUUUCGUUGUUUGUUGCUGUUUGGACUGAGUUGAGUUGUUUCGAUUCACUUAUACCUUUCAAACAUUUUCUGCUGUUGAUGCCACCUCUCCACGAAACCCUCAUGUAGAAAACGGCAACAUUUGGGGCUCAUCUCCUAGCUGAACCCCCCUCCUCCGUGUCUUCGAGUGGCUCCCCUCCCCCUCUUCUGUCCACUCAUCAGUCGUAUUUUAGAUGUUGUAGAUGUGCAAAAUGGUACCGAAAGUUUUCACUCGUUUAAUGAAUCCUCCCUCAUAGUACCGCAGGGGUGACUUGGCAAUGUCUCUGCUUGCGGGCUCAGCAUUUCUAAAAAUCUCUCGACCAAAACUUAGGAGUGGAGCCUCGGUGGCAACCGGAUGUUCUUUGUUUUAUGCAUAGUAGUGCCAUUUAAGUCAUUUGAUAUCCUGAUGUAGCUGAUGUAAAUAUUGCAUCUUUAUUUGCAUAUGUGAAAACCAAGCUUUGGGAUUAAAUUUGCAGUCAUUGGUAAUGUUUUAUUGAAUUCAGCAGGUUUAGAGUUGGGCUUCUUUUUAAGAAGCCAUUUCCUCAUUCAGUUGUUAUUAAACUUAAUUUAUAUGUGUUUUAGUUACCUCAAUAUAUAGAUCAUUAAAACUAAAAUAUGCCAGUUUUUAUUUUUAAAAAUCUCAGAUGUACUUUAUGCUAUGGGAUUUUUUUUUUUUAGCUUCUUUUGUUGGGUUUCAAUUUUAGUUUCUAUGCCGCAACAUUCCAAGCAAUUCUUGUAGUUCUUAUUGCUAUCAGAUACUAAAUAUGUCCAUUGUAUUUCCGGACCGCUUUUCGAUCUGAUUAAAGACAUCUAUAGAUGUAAGUUUUUCUACAAAUUUUUGUCAUUGUUAAGCAGAUUUAAAGACUUAGAUGUCUGAAAAUCAACACAUCAGCUCAGUUUUCUACUAACAUUGGCUACAGAAAUUUUUAAAACCUUUUGUGUCUUGUGGUUUUGAAACCCAAAACAGUGCUAUGCACGAAUCUGUUGCCAUAUGAAAUAUUGGUACAAAAUAGUUUUUAGUUGUAAGCAAUUUUUCUAAGGUAAUUAUAUGACAUAUUUGAUAACUUAACCAUGGUCUUAUAUUAUUGUGAAAUGUUGAAAUCACUGGUUUAUACUUGGGUACCUAAAGAUAAGUUAAUCUUCUGUUGUAAAAUAACUUGUGUUUUGUGUCUCUUGAAGUAAUGUAUUAAAUAUUUACCCUUGCAUUUAAAAGUUAUUUUAAAACUUUGUAUUUUAAAUUAUUCCCUUAAUGUUUCUUGUGUUGAAAAAAAAUAACUAAAUGACUUUUUAAUUCAUUUAAUAUUUACUGUAACAUAAUUGAAAUUUUAGCAAAAAUUUAUCUCUUUAUUUUUAAGUUAUGCUAGCUGGCUAGUUUUUUAAAACCAAUUAUUUUUUCAGUUCAUUAAGGAGACAUUUUUUUAUUUAAUUUCCUUUUUAUCAAAUUAUGAAUUAAUUUUUACAAUAUUUUAUUUUUCUGUCUACAAAAUUAUGAAGAACGAAUUUUAAAUGUGAUACAUUUACCUAGCCCCAAGUGUUUAAAUAUAAAUGUAUUUUCUGUUACUGUUAUAUGUAAAAUGUUAUAUUGUAGUGUUAAUUGAUUUUUAAAUGCUGUUAAAUAAUUUUGGUGUUUAAUAGUAGUUUCAACAUUUCAAAUUCUCGUUUAUCGUCACAAUAAUUUUUUUUUUUUUACUCUGCCAGAAAUGUAUAUUUUAGGAAUAAAAUUAGACAUAUUUAUGAAUAUAUUGCCAAACUGUUCUUACGGAAAAUAACUAUUUUGGUUUUACAAUUAAAUUCAAACUAACUAACGAUACUUACAUUUCUUAAAUUUCUUUUACAAGUGCUACGUGCUAAUGCUUAUAAUGCUGUCUUGAUAAACUGAAUCAUCCCAUUUUAUAUAUUUUAAAGUUCUUCAUCCUUAAGUAUUUGUUGUACCUAUAAAUAGGUUUGCUAUUUGAUGUUUUGUUGAGAAUGUUCUUAACUGUUAUUAGUAUAACUGGUUCAUACUAAUGAUUCUUCUAACAAAACAUGUUAACUUGUUAGUAAAUGUAUUUAAGAGACUGGUUCUAACAAGACUGAUUUUCUGUGACUUCAACUAAUGAUUGACUAGUGAUUUAUUUGUAAUGAAUUUUUUAUAACUUAUGAAUUUUUGCAAAUGUGAGCACGUGAACUGUGUGUUUUUUAAGAUUGAUGUGAAGUCCUGUGUUUUGAAAUGUAAAGUUUUAAUUCUAACAGCUGCAAUUGGUCAGUCUUUAUAUUUGAAGUUUUAAAUGUGUAAAAGGAUCGAGUUUCUUGAAGAAUUUGAAAGUUUUAUUUAUUAAUAUAUUUAUGAAGAUGUAUCUAUGCAAGAAAUGGAAACUGAAAAGUUUGCAUGGACACAAACGGUGCAAGUAACAUAUUUUUUCUUUUUUUAAGAAAUUCAGAAGUUUCAGACAUAAAUCUUUUAUACAUUUAUCAGUUCGUUUAAAGCUUUAAUUAAUGAUGUGCAAUGAAGUUGGUUUUUAUUAAAUUCACAAUCAGUAAUGAAAAUCCAAUUUGAGUAAUGAAAGUUUAGAAUUUUAAAGUUAUUGACUUUUUGCAGUGCUAUCUUUGAUAUUUUGUUACAUAGUCAAUUCUUUAAUAGCCCCAGUUUAAAGUGAUACUGGAAUGCAAAAAAUACCGUUUUGAUCAGUUUCCCUUUUUAUUUAUUCGUUUAAAACUUGAAAAGUUCGAUGAAAAUUUUAACUAUCUAAUCUUAAAAAAAAAAAUUUCAAGCAAAUGUUUUAUGAUCACCUUUCCUAGAAUUUUUCAUUUAGCUUUCAUAUUUAUCAAAUAAUUCUGUAUUAAAUAAAUGCAGUAAUGUGCCAGCUACUAUAUGAUAUAGAAUUCUGGAUUAUCAAUAGGGAAAGUUAUUGAAGUUUAUGUAGCAUUUUUGUUCGGGUAUUUAUUUAUUUUUCCAUGAAGCUCUUCAACUAAAUUGAAGUAUGUAGCUGUAAUGUGCCACUUAAUUCCAACUGAUAAAGUGACUUAAAAUUCAAUGUUUGUAUGGGUUUUGUGUUUGUUAUUGUUUUAAAAUCCUUUUCAAGCUUUAAUAAUACUUGUAAUAUGUCUUCAAAAAUUACUACAUGUGAUUAACCAAGAGAAUAACAGGGUUUUUAAGUGAAAAUUUUUCGUUUUCAAAUCUUUCAAUUCAUAUUUGUGUAAAGUUGAUUUAUAUGUAAAUUAAAAGUCAAAUGCAACUUUGGCCAUGAUCUCUUUUAUUUCCCCUGUAUUUCUGAUGCAUCCAUUUUGCACAAGUGUUUUGAUGUUCAUGGCACAAUGUUAGCAUCUAAUUUGUAUUUUAACAUAGAAGAACUUGUGAACAUGUAACUAUGCAUGCUUAGAAACAUCAAAUAUUUAUAUCUAUGUGGUACAAACAAAGUAAAAUUGUACAGUAGCUGUUAAUAAAGUUUCGCAAUUUUUUAUGGA